UGCCUAUGAAAGAUUGGAACGUCCUCGCCUUCCGUUUCCCAGGAGGUAGCCGAAGUACAGUGUCUGAUCGAGAAGUCAGGCUUGACAUUCCAUAUGCACUCCGCUGGAACCACGAUCGAGGGUCCAUGGGACAAAGUCCUAACGUUAAUCGGCCAGGCGCAUACGGUACUGCACGAAAAGGGCUUGGUGCGGGUCCAUUCUGAUAUCCGCGUUGGAUCGAGAACCGACAAGAGGGAGACGAUGGAGAGCAAGGUUGCUUCGGUUCAGAAAGUACUUGCUAAGAACAAGUAG